AUGGCAGUCGAUAUGCAAGCCCUCAUCAAGGCCAUGACAGUCUACAUGACCACAUGCAUGUCUGGCCACGACCCCUCGCACAACCCAACACACGUCUUGCGCGUCGUCCAUCUCGCGCACACUAUUCUCGAAGGCGAACUCUCGCGACACUCUACUACUACGCAAUACGACCGAGACAUAAUCACGCUCGCAGCCACGCUGCACGACAUUGGCGAUCACAAAUACCUGCCAGAGCCAACAGACACAAAAAUUGACCCGAAACAAAUGGUCUUCAACACGCUCGUCGCGCACGGUGCAGAUGCCUCGCUCGCCGAGCGCGUGCAGACCAUCGUGAGCAAUGUCUCGUACUCGAACGAAAUCAAGAACCCGGCUGCGGUGCGCGCGCUGAUCGCUGACGAGCGGUAUCGUGAGCUUGCCGUGGUGCAGGAUGCGGAUCGACUGGAUGCCAUUGGCGCCGUGGGCAUUGCGCGCACGUUUACGUAUCUAGGGUCGAGGCAGCAGAAGGGUGCACCGGGGCAGCGGUGGGAACUGGAUGAGUCGAUUGAGCAUUUUGGAGAGAAGUUGGAGAAACUAGAAGGUAUGAUGAAGACGGAUACGGGCAGGGAAAUGGCUCGAGAGCGGACGAGGCGGUUGCGCGAGUUCAAGACGUGGUGGAUGGAGGAGACUGGAAAUGAUAAUUGA